AUGGCCCGACGCUCAGGAAGACUAUCAGGCGCUGGGAGCAAGCACAAACGAACUACUUCUGGAGCCUCCGCCACAGCAGCGGACCCUAACGCGAAGAGAUCGAAGACCCAGCCAGCUACACCGACCAAAAGCCCGUAUUUUGAGGACGCAGAGGACGAGGGGCAAGCUUCGGAGAGCCCAUCCAUGGCCGAUGAUGGCUCCGACUUUGCGGAGCCAGAGGCAAGUGAAAGUGCCCUCUCUGAGCCUCCACGAUCCGCGGACGACGACAGUGAUGAUGCGGAUACACGAAAGAUGAAUCUUGUAAAAGCCCGGCCCGGCAGGGAGGUCAUCAUCAAGAAGCCGAAGGCCAGACCCGCUGGAAAAACGCCAUACACUGAUGAUAGAAUCCACCCAAACACCCUGGCGUUCUUAGCGGAAUUGAAAGCCAACAACAAGCGAGACUGGCUGAAAUGUGAGUUAUGCACGUCGACCUCUUCUGAGCACUACCGGGCUGCGAUACUCAGCGGCCUGGGGCUUGGACCCAGGUGCGCCGGCCGACCGACCACACCACCCCAGCACACUUGACUUGGAGUUCCCGACACGGAACAUGGCCACCGUCGGACUGCUUUACAUCCACAAGUGUGACACAAACCACGACAUCUAGCGCAGCAACGUUGCAACAUGGCUACGUUGUCUCUGGGCGAAAUUUUCCAUGGUGGCACAGGUCUGCCGGUCUGCACACCGGAGCGGUGACGCUGACGUUGUCAAGAGCGGGAACGGGCCUGAGUCGUGCCGGUCCUAUGCAUGAAGUCGCGGCGAGCCGAUCCACGCAGUGGAGCCAAGGUGCUCAGACUACUGCGGUGGCUACGGUACGAGUCCGUUUUUGUGCGAAGCUGCGAAGAUGGAGCCCUGACAACGCAGCAAUCAGCCAUGUUGCAAGCUUACCGAAAUUGGAAGGCGCUAACAUGACACACAUUUAUAGUUCACGAUGCACAGUUUCGACAGGCCGAAAAAGAUUGGCAUUCGUUCGUUGAAACGAUAACCGGGAAGCUCGUGGAACUCGACGAUACAAUUCCAGAACUUCCAGUCAAAGAUGUGUGAGUAACAUAGGAGGAGGCUGUGCAGUCGUUCUUGCGAUGAACCAUGAUGUUGUCUAAUGAUGGAUCAUCAGCAUUUUCCGCGUGUACAGAGACAUUCGAUUCAGCAAAGAUCCCACGCCAUACAAGGUGCGUCACUGCGUCCGGAAGCGUUCCCCGCGCAGGGAUAAUGCAUAGCUAACUCGCUAGUAUCAAGCCCUGGUUUUCUGUGGCCUGGGUACGAAUCCUCCGCGAACGUCUUGCUCAACCGCUAACGAAGAGAGUAUAGUCACGAACGGGCAGGAAAGGACCCUAUGCCCACUACUAUCUACAGGUUGCUCCGAAUAACAGCUUCGUCGGUAAGUUGCGAAUACUCCAGUGCAGUGCGCGAUGAUUCUUGGCCGCUGCAUCCAGCCCUUGGAGUUUUGCUUUUGACUUCUCGACCUAUACUGUGGUCGGGCCGCUGGAUGCCCGGCCAUGGUCAUAAUGUUGAUGAUUCGCGCAACGCUGGUCACUACGACCUGCCGGUGAGGAUGAACUAUCACUCGUCCGGUGCAGACCAUGUCUAGCACUGUUAAUGCUGCACAAACCGCGACGGCGACGAAAGCGCGCUCCCUACUCUGCGAGGACGAAGAGGGUCUGCAUCGCACAGUCCAUCAUCCUCCAGUAUAUAUUCACGCCCAGUGCCAUGGGCUUUCGUGAGACCUUUCUCCAUGCUCUUCAACGACUAGUAUGCUACGAGCAAGCGAGUUCGAACACGCACUCUGUUGGCGUCUCAGGGGUGUGCUGAAUAGCUUCCAAGGAAGGUCGACCUUAGCUUGACGUCGCGAUUCGGGUCGAAGCAAUGCUCUUGCGGUCGUGGGCUGCUCGAGAGGGGCCAGGAUCCAUCGCGAGGAAGAUGGACGACGAAAGCGCUCUUUUAGAAAGGGCGGUUCGCUAGGAACCCGGCGGUGACGACACAAUACACAGGCGCUGCCGUGCUGUUCAUCACCCGAGCUGCUGCCCCAGUGAGCGGCUCCAGAAAAGGUUCGGGCCUUGCCCUCGUAAGAUGCUGCUCGCGCCGCAGAUGACGGCACCAAUGGGAGGAUGAUAUCCGCCAAAACCAGACAAUCGUGCCUUGGUGGUGCCUUCUCUGUGCUCGAAUGGAAGCCUCGUUGAGACUACGCGAUACUGCUGGGCUGGUAAAGCCUUGUCUUGUCUUCAAUCCUACCUCGAAAGCAACCCAAGCUCUUCCGUGCUGCCAACACUGUCCGGCCCCAUCCAAGCACGCGACGAAAAGACAUCCUGGCCUACGACGUCUUGACGUGUCUGGAGAAGUAAAUCGGAAUAGGUGGCUACGCAGAAGUUUCGGUUGCGACUGCGAAGGUCAGCUGGGAGCGUCAAAACAGCGAAACAAGGGAGUGGGACAAGACGAGCGAAACGGAGAUGAGCUUCUCUAUGAGUUCAGUACCUCCUAUACCAGACAGACUCCUUCGCUAUGCCUUUGGAUUACAAGGGUGUCUCGAUGCAGAGCGUGAGUAGCGCGCGCGCACAUCGCUACGCCUGAGAGCUCAGACGCGCAGGACGCCUUGGAAGCGCUUGAAGACUGCAAGAGUCAUCUUCAAGGGCUAGCAAUGUGCUUUUGCUGCACGUGUCGGCCUCCUAAGCUGAUGGGGCGUCUUCUGCGAGCGGCCCUGUCAAAGCUGCCACCGCAUUCUGAAAGCCAGUGCAAAGAGAAUGCCACCAUGCACGCUGGUGAGUGUCUUGACAUUGCACCAGCCGAUCAAAUGGAUCUGCUGUGGGUCGUUCGCCAACACCAACGUGCGCAAGUGUCACCUCAGAGCGACAGCAGCCACCGACUCAACCUGAGAUCUUUCUGCGGUCGCAAUGGAACGCGUCGACGCGUUUCCUGGCCUCUCAACGACGCCUGCUCAGCUACCAACCGCGGGACUUCACUCAGUGAAGAGGAACGAGCCCUAAGAAACAGGCGCGCCCAUAAUCUCUGGGCGCUCUGGUAUUGUCUGACCGCGACCUGUGUGGAGGGCGCGUUCCACGGGCAGGACGAUGGCAGUAUUACUUUCAGCCCGUGCCUCCUUGCUCUUUCCCUGAAGGAUAUAGGUCGCGUGUUCGAGAGACGGCGGGUCGAAAUCGGCGGGUCAGGGUAUGCUCCGCCGUCGCGUUAGGCGUUUGUGGGCUAUCGAACUUAGCGCGUCGAUAGACGAAUGUGAGGAGCGCGUAAAGGGACAAUCGCGAUGUACUGCAGCGUUCAAAGCGCUUUGCUUGUUGACAGCCAGGGUGAACAAUGCUAACGUCCGCGUCUAUAGGAGGUGGAAAGUGGCAUCCUGAAGCGCCUGCGGUCAACGCAUUGCGAGCAGCCAUCGACCGCAAUCCGCGUGGACUCAAGAAUGUCUUGACAGACCCAGGGAUUCGCAAGCACUUCCUCAAAGACGCAGGCAAGACAGAAGCUGCAGCAGUCAGGGAGUUCGUCAAGAGCAACGCGGACAGCGCUCUGAAAACACGACCAAAGGUGAGUCCUACCAUUCAUUCCUCUUCCAAGUUGGGAUAGCCGUUCGUCGACCAUGUCGAAGACAAGUCGAUGAUGGCGCAAAAGCCGUCGCGAUGCUCGCGUCUCUGACUCCUGCAUUCGUUCGUCUCAUGGGCGCAGUCUCGUCCCACGUAGCUGUGCAAGCAGUCGGACAGGACUCUGUGGACCUGGCAGAUUUCAUCGCAGAUUCCAAAAAACAUCAGGCAAGGCUUCCACUGGGCUGGUCUACAGAUUGAUUCAUCUGUGACCAGCGCAGAAGAGAGAUGAACUCAUGAAACUGGUUCUUCCAUGGUCCAACGAACUCCGGAUUGCGGGUCCAGGCCCGCCCCGGCUGCCACGAGAUACUGAGGCGUGACUCAGGGAAGCCCUAGGUCUUGUCACCAUGAUGACUUUAUUUGGCUUCCGAGUGUCGCUACUUCUUCAUGAUGUCGUUCUACACGGCCUCGACACUGACUACAUAAACAUUUGCCUGAGCAACGCAGUCCUGACUCCUUGUACGCUCUACAGGAGACUGCUCCGCGAAAAGGUCGAUAAGAACUAGACCAAGACGGGCAACCACCGACUCCAGGCGGCCAUGUGUGAUGCAUUAUCUCCACCGAUGCAAGUGGCCCGCCGGCGGACCAACUCUGCAAGCCUCUAUCGGCAUGCACCUCCGCUGCAUACAUUCACAUUCUGCAGCUGAUUGCUCCGUCACAACUGAGCGUCUAUGCGCCCUUCGACAAUCGGAGGAUGAAAGAAAGUAUGUGGCUGACAGAUUGUUGAAUAGGGAUAUGACGCGGAACAUCCGGAUAUCGACCUGCUGCGUCUCCGCAACUUCACCGUUGGGAGAAAGCUCGCCGACGAGGAAGUGGUGGGCGAGGCAGGAGCCAAGAGGAUUGCGGAGCUCCUCGCGGCCCUGAAACCGUUUGUGAGUCUGCCACCCCGGCGCUGUCGUGUGUUUCGGUUGUCCUGCGUCACGCGUACCGUGGUUCACCACGAAGUCAAAUCUCCUUCGGGACGCUUCUCAUCAACGAGCGACCGAUCUUCCGUGCCUUGCAACGCCACGCGCAUCGGCUGAAGCAGGCUCGGUGUUCCCAAUAGGGCAAUACGCUGAAUGGACGCCUACAGUGACCACAGUUCCUGAGUUGCACUGCACGUCUUGGUAUGUCUGCUGACCGUGUCUUCUGAGCCUCAGAUCACCUACCUGAAUUCCGUUGUCAUGCCUGACGAUGAGGACGAGGAUGCCGACGCAGCAGCAAACGACGAGGAAGAAGCGGAAGGAGAAGGAGAGGAAUCUGACGGAGGGGAAGACUCUGAGUGA